AUGUGGGUGGAGCACAGUGCUGUGAUAGAAAUCCCAUACUGUGUAAAGAAUCCAGCAAGCGCAUGUGCCUCUUUCUCACACACAGGUCAUGCUGUGCGUAAGCCUAUUCUGGUCUCCUGUCUGGAGGAAAACAAGGAGUCCUGGAAUGUGAAUAGAAGGGAGGCUGUAGCCAACCAGAGCUCAACUCUUAGAAGACAUCAGAGCAAGUAUAAUUUAGAGAAAUCCUACAGAUAUGAAAAAUGUGGAAGGUCCUUUACUUCGACAUCAAGUUUCGAAGUACAUAAGGGAAGUCAUACUGGAGAGAAACCCCACAAAUGUGAAGAAUGUGGCAAGUCCUUUACUAAAUGGCCAAAUUGUAGGAAACAUCAGGAGGUACAUACUGGAGAGAAACCCUACAAAUGUGAAGAAUGUGACAAGUCCUUUUAUCAGUGGUCAAGUCUUAGAGCACAUCAGCGAAUACAUACUGGAGAGAAACCCUACAGAUGUGAAGAAUGUGGCAAAUCCUUUAGUGAAAUGUCUAGUCUUAGAGCACAUCAGUGAAUACAUACUGGAGAGAAACCCUACAGAUGUGAAGAAUGUGGUAAGUCCUUUAGUAAAUGGUCAAAUCUUAGAUUACAUCAGCGAAUACAUACUGGAGAGAAACCCUACAGAUGUGAAGAAUGUGGCAAGUCCUUUUGUACAGGGUCAAAUCUUAGAAGACAUCAGCGAAUACAUACUGGAGAGAAACCCUACAGAUGUGAAGAAUGUGGAAAGGCCUUUAGUGAAAUGUCAAGUCUUAGAGUACAUCAGCAAAUACAAGCUGGAGAGAAACCCUACAGAUGUGAAGAAUGUGGUAAGUCCUUUAGUAAAUGGUCAAAUCUUAGAUUACAUCAGCGAAUACAUACUGGAGAGAAACCCUACAGAUGUGAAGAAUGUGGCAAGUCCUUUAGUACAGGGUCAAAUCUUAGAAGACAUCAGCGAAUACAUACUGGGGAGAAACCCUACAGAUGUGAAGAAUGUGGCAAGUCCUUUAGUCAAAUCUCACAUCUUAGAUUACAUCAGCGGAUACAUACUGGAGAGAAACCCUACAGAUGUGAAGAAUGUGGCAAGUCCUUUACUCAAAUGUCAACUCUUAUAAAACAUCAGCGAAUACAUAAUAGAGAAAAACCCUACAGAUAUGAAGAAUGUGCCAAGGCCUUUACUCAUCUGUCAACAUUGCAAUUACAUCACCAAAUACAUAUAGGAGAGAAACCCUUCAGAUGUGAAGAAAGUGGAACAUCCUUUAAUAAAAUGUCAAGUCUUAGAACAGAUCAGCCAAUACAUGCUGGAGAAACACCCUACAAAUGUGAAAAAUGUCGUAAGUCCUUUAGUCAUGUGUCAUAUGUUAGAGUACAUCAGUGAAUACAUCCUGGAGAGAAACCCUACAAAUGUGAAGAAUAUGGCAAGUCCUUUAGUCAGUAGUCAAGUCUUAGAGGACAUCAGCAAAUACAUACUGGAGAGAAACCCUACAGAUAUGAAGAGUGUGACAAAUCCUUUGGGGUGAGCUCAACUUAUAAGACACAUAAUAUAUUUCAUAUAGGAGAGAAUCACUAUGAAUGUGAAGAAAGUAAGAAGUCCCUUAGAAAUAUAUCUCAGAGCACAUCAUGUAAUUCAUAUGUGAGAGAAACCCUACAAAUGUGA